AUGAGCGUUGUUUGUAAUUCUCCAAAAUUCGAAGUAUCAAACGAUCAGUCUUCGUAUUUUAAUCUUCACAUGCCUGGUUCUUUUAUGCCUACACCUUCUGAUGCUUCGCCUGGAUACUUCGACUUAAAUCCUUCUUCUUCCCCGGCACAAACCCCUUACUUCGAUGCCUUAAAACAACAAUCUCCAUCUCAAACCCCUUUCUAUGAGUGCGAACCUUUACCAACUCCAUUUUUUGAGCAAUUACAAAAUCAACAUGGCCUCAUACACAAUGACAGUCGUAAUGUCAAUGUAACUCUCAAUGGUAUUAAUAAUCCUUCUUCCAAUAAUUCCGAUGCGCAAUUUCCAUUAAUGACUCCUGGGUGUCCUUCGAUCAGGAAACCUAAUUCCUUUCAAGAAGGCUUGGUCAAUUCUUGGACAAAAAAUAAUAAUACUUUCGUCCCAAAAUUACCUCCCAUGCGUCGACAAACUAUGAAAGCAUCCUCUUCUAAUAAGAAACCUGCUUCGAUACCAGCUGGAUUAUCUUUUACGCCCUUCACUUCUACUUUAGAAGAAUACUCGAUAGAUCGUGUUGCUGAGAUGAUAAAUCUUAAAUUAUCUGCUGAACCAUCGGCUUCCAAACUCAUUUUAUUACUUGAUCUAAGGCCGUUCAACAUGUUCACAACUGAGUGGAUCAAGACUUCUUUAAACAUUUGUAUUCCUACUACUUUGUUGAGAAGGUGUUCAUUUACUGUUGAUAAGGUCUUCGAAACUCUUGUCUGUGAUUCUGAUUCGGAUCGUGACAUCUUUAAAGAUUGGCCAAAUUACGAAAAUAUCGUUUUGUAUGAUAACGAUUCUGUUUCUUUAUCGGAUGGUCCAAUAUUCCAUUUAUGUAAGAAAUUUCAAUCUUCAAAUAUAAAAGCAAAGAUUGGUUUCUUGAAAGGUGGUUUCUUGACCUUUUCUGAAAAAUAUGAGGAUUUAUGUGAAAAGACUAUGAGAAAUGGUUCACUUCCUUCCUCUGCCAAAGCUCCUCGUUGGCGUCCCUCGAUAAAUAAUAAACCUGGUCCUUUCACUUGUCCAACUCCUAUUGUCGAAGCCGCUGGUGUUAAUCCUUUUUUCGCAAAUAUUCGCCAAAACCUUGAACUAAGUAGUGGGAUUACAGAGACCAUCUCUAUUCGUGUCCCUGAUAAUAUUGAUCAUUCGAAAUUACCUGGCUUUAUACGUGAUGUCAUCGGCGAAAAUGGUGAAAUUAAAUUAGCCGAAAUCUUUCAAGACAUUGAGCGUGCUGAACAAAGGAGAUUACAAUCUCUCAUGCUUCUUAAUGGAAAUCAACCAACUCCAGACUGUCCUUUUAGUAUAUCCGCUGGUAUAGAAAAAGGUGCUAAAAAUCGUUAUAAUAAUAUUUGGCCUUAUGACCAUUCUCGUGUAAAAAUUACUGAACGCAAUGAGGGUGAUUGUGAUUAUGUUAAUGCGAGCUUUGUUCAAGCUUCUGGUUGUAAUAAACGUUAUAUCGCUACUCAAGGCCCUUUACCUGCCACUUAUAAUGAUUUUUGGAAAGUGGUUUGGGAACAAAAUUCUCGUGUUAUUGUUAUGUUGACAAAAGAGCAAGAAGCUGGAAGGGUUCUUUGUCAUCGUUAUUGGGCUGAAUGCAUGACCCCAUGUAACUACGGUUCUCUCGAACUCACUUUUAUAUCAGAAACUUCUCCUAUUACUAGUUCAAGUGGUUCAAUAGAUAGCAUCGUAAUUCGUACAUUUAGUCUAGCUCAUAAAAAUCAUCCCGAAAUUCCGGCUCGUGAAAUUACACAAUUGCAUUUCCAGGGCUGGCCUGACUUUGGAAUUCCUGAUUCACCAUGUCAUAUUCUUAACUUAAUAGAAACUGCUAAUAUAACUCAACAUAAUGCCUCGAUGCAAUGUGACUCUUCGCAAGAUAUUGGUCCUAUGAUCGUGCAUUGUUCGGCUGGAUGUGGUCGCACUGGUGCUUUCUGCACUAUUGACUCCGUUCUAACUAUGCUUAAUAAUGGUAACUUGGAUAUGAACAAAGAUAUUAUUCAGGAAACUGUUUCCCAUUUUCGAGAACAACGUUUGAGCAUG